AUGGAUCAUUUCUUUUUUUGGUAUAAGGAGCAUUUGUUCGCCCUUCACUGCGAUGUCAAAGAGCAUCGAGAGGACCUCCGUAUCUCCUUCGUUGGUCGUAAUGCCAACAUCCUGAAAGACCUGAUCGAAGAGUGCCAAGAAAAGUAUUUCGAGGACACCCAAAGAAAGGUCUCUGUCUUUGAGCACCGCGAAGGAGAGUGGAAGAAAGCCAGAUUGAGACCAAUUUGA